CUCAAGCCAAGCUAAAGAUGUCUCCUAAAUUCGCACUUGCAAUUCUGCUCCUUAGCUGCGUUCUCCUAGGACUGGCCAAUGCCCAGUACAACAGGCGCCAUCAGCCUGGGCCUAACCGACCAAAAAUUGGGACUCGAAUGAAUGCGGACGGCCCUCCGGCUGGUAAUGCUGGAGGCAGUGAUGUCCCAGCCAACGUUGAUUGCAUGCCGAAUCUACUGGCUAGUAACACCCUUGAUACCAGGAGACCUAGGCCCAAGCAUUAAUCGGAAAUCCGAAAAGUUUAAGAACUAAGCCAAAACGACAUACUAAGCAGACGGAUGACAAUAAUUGAUGGAAAUGAAAU